AAAUUAAGACAGACCCUGUUUGGCGAUACCCACCAGGGUGAUUAACAUUGGAUUAUCAACGCCCUCGUUCUCUCGCAUUUAUUUUAUCAGUCUCCUUCAUUGCUUCACAUUGCUACUCCUCUUGCAAGUAUCUAUCGGCGGCAGAACAUGAGUCCUACCAAGAUUGAACCCGAAGAGGUUGAAGGAGAAAUAAUCGGUACCACAGAUUACUUCUUCGUGAAAGUCGGUGAGGCUGUUCCGUUGAAAAGCUCCGACUUCAGUUUUGACGCAGAAACCCUUCCCUCGCAGGCUAUUGCCAUCUCUGAGCGCUUUCGUCUCUCUUUUGUGGCUCAUUCUUCGGGUUUUUUUGUUGUGAGGACAAAGGACCUUAUUGAUUCGGCUAACGAGUUUAAGGAGAAGGGUAAUGGCUCUCCCGUGGAGCAACUGAGUCUCGUGGAUGUUUCUAUUGGGAGGAUACGUUCAUUGACUCUUUCCACAGAUAAUUUGACACUGGCUGCUGUGACUUCUUCAUCCGGAGAUAUUCAGUUUUACUCUGUUGAAAGCUUUUUGAAUAAGGAAGUAAAGCAAUCCUUUUCCUGUUCACUCGAUGAUUCAGCCUUGGUCAAGGACAUGCGUUGGAUAACAACACAAAAAAAUUCUUACGUUGUUCUUUCAAAUACUGGGAAACUAUAUCACGGAGAGAUUGGUUUUCCACUUAAACAAGUGAUGGACAAUGUUGAUGCUGUUGAUUGGGGUAUGAAAGGUUCAUUUGUUGCUGUUGCAAGUAAGAGUGUUCUAAGCAUUUUAUCAGCUGAGUUUGAAGAAAGAGUUUCAAUUUCACUCUCCUUUGGAUCAUGGAUUGGUGAUUCUGCAGCAAAUAAAAGUAUAAAAGUUGAUUAUGUGAAGUGCAUUCGACCUGAUUCUAUUGUAAUUGGAUGCAUUCAAGUUACUGAAGAUGGCAAGGAGGAAAAUUAUCUUGUCCAAGUUAUUAGAAGCCGACAUGGUGAAAUUAAUGAUAAAUGUUCUGAAUUAGUUAUUCAAUCCUUCUAUGAUAUAUGCCAAGGGUUAAUUGAUGAUAUUGUACCAGUGGGAAGCGGGCCUUACCUUUCAUUGGUGUACAUAAACCAAUGCCAACUUGCAAUCAAUUCCAACUUGAAGAAUACAGAUCAGCACAUUGUAUUACUUGGUUGGUCAGCAGAUGAUGACAAGAGUGAAGUUGCAAUUGUUGAUAUUGAACGAGAUAAAUGGGUUCCAAGAAUUGAACUUCAAGAAAAUGGUGAUGAUAAUUUGCUAGUGGGGCUAUGCGUUGAUAAUGUUUCAAUCUAUCAAAAAGUUGGAGUUCAACUGGGUGUGGAAGAAAGGACAGAGCUUUUACCAUUUUGUGUUCUUAUAUGUCUUACAGUAGAAGGAAAACUUGUCAUGUUCCAUGUUGCCAGUCUUGCAGGAAAUAAAGAUUCACCGGAGAUUGAUUCUGUUCUUCACAAUUAUGAAAAUACUUCUCUAGAAAACCAUCCUGGAGAUAAAGGUUGCACUUUUUCCGAGGGAUUGCAGAAACAGGAAGAUAAGACUUUUGAGGUUAAUGGGAACCUGAUGGCCAAGCCCUCUGUCAAUCUUCAACAAAUAACAUGUUCUGAUACUAAGGACUCAGAAGUGAAAUUAGUGGCAAAUUCGCAGAGUCUAUUGUCUAAUGAACAACAAGUUAUUUCUGAUGUAGAUGCAAACCAAGAUACAGGUAAUCAAAAUCCAUUUCGUUCUGGUCAACCACAAAAGAUCUUAGGUCAAAAGACUGCAGCUCUUGGAACUAGCAUUGGUUCUUUAACAGUGACCAGUCAUUCUGCUUCUCCUGGUUUACAAGAAACUAGCAUUGGUAAUCAAAAUCCAUUUCGUUCAGGUGAACCACAAAUGAUCUUAGGUCAAAAGACUGCAACCCUUGGAACUAGCCUUGGUUCUUUAACAAUGAACAGUCAUUCUGCUUCUCCUGGUUUACAAGAAACUAGCGUUGGUAAUCAAAAUCCAUUUCGUUCAGGUGAACCACAAAAGAUCUUAGGUCAAAAGACUGCAUCCCUUGGAACUAGCAUUGGUUCUUUAACAAUGAACAGUCAUUCUGCUUCUCCUGGUUUACAAGAAACUACUGAGAAGACCAGGGAGCUGUGGACUGCAAAUAGCUCACAGGACUCGCAGAAAGCUUCAAAUCUAUUGCCUGGUCAAAAAUUUUCAUUCCCAAAAGAGUCAGAUGUGUCUUCAGUUUCAGCUUCUAGCCACGCUGAUGGUGUGGGUUUUCAAGAUAAAAAGUAUACCGUGGGUGCCACAAAUGUGUCUGGGAUUAUAGGUGGAAAGCCCUUUGUUGUACAGGAUAUGAAUAAAUCUCCAGCCAUCAAUUCCACCAGUAGGUUAGUUCAGAACAGGGGACAACUAUCUCCUUUAGUACCUGGAAACAUGCAACCAGCGUUGAAUAGCAGUUCACGUUUGUCAUCUGACAGUAAUACUGCAGCUAUGAAGUCUUCUGCUACAAAGUUCCUUCCUUCAAAUGAGCAGCAUGGAGCUUCAUCUAAGCUUGGGAUAUCCAGUUCUGAUUUAUCCAAACAGUUUGGCAAUAUUAAUGAGAUGACUAAAGAAUUGGAUCUACUUUUGAGAUCAAUAGAAGUGGCUGGUGGGUUCAAAGAUGCUUGCACAAGGUCACUACAAAGUUCAAUUGAAGAAGUGGAGCUAGGCAUGGAUGCUUUGUCUAAAAAAUGCAAAUUAUUAAUGUCCCAAGUGGAUGAACAUAACGAGGAAGUUCAUUAUCUUCUUAACAAGACAAUACGAGUUAUGGCAAGAAAAAUAUAUUUGGAGGGCAUAUAUAAGCAAGCUUCUGAUACCCGAUAUUGGGAUCUAUGGAAUAGGCAAAAGUUGAAUUCAGAACUUGAGCUAAAACGACAGCAUAUAUUGAGUCUGAAUCAGGAUUUGACUAAUCAGUUAAUUGAAUUGGAGAGGCAUUUCAAUGCCCUUGAACUGAAUAAAUUCAGUCAAAAUGGUGGCCGGUGCAUGGGUCAUGGACCUUCCCAAAAUAGAUAUGGACCUUCGAGAUAUGUACAGUCAUUGCAUAGUUUACAUAGUGCAAUCAAUUCACAGCUUGUAGCUGCAGAAAAUCUCUCUGAUUGCCUUUCAAAACAAAUGUCAGCGUUGAGUUUAAGGUCUCAAACUGAGGAAAGAAAGAAUUUGAAGGAGCUACUUGAAACAAUAGGAAUUCCAUAUGAGGCAGCUUUUGGCUCACCAGACACGAAAUGUUUUAUGAAGACUCCUCCUAGUAAGAAGACUCUGUUUUCUGAUUUGACAGUUAAUAAAGAUCAAUCUAGGAGAAAUCAAACCAGUGCAGUGAAGAGUUCUGAACCAGAAACAGCCAGGAGGAGAAGAGACUCACUUGACCGGAGUUGGACCUGUUUUGAACCUCCUAAGACCACCGUUAAGAGGAUGCUACUGCAAGAACUUCAGAAACUUAAUAGAAAAGAAUCAUUAUAUUCAAUGAAUAAAGAAAAAAAAGUUACCACGUUAGAGGGAUCUGCUCCUCGUCAGACAGAUGCUAGCAUUCCUUCAAUUGUAUUCCCUUCUUCUAAAAUGAAAGCAAACAUUCUAAAUUCUCAUCUUGAACUUGAAGAGCUGUCGGAAAAAUCAAAGGCAUUUAUACCUGCUGACAGCCUCCGAGCACCCAAUCAAGUUUCAGAGUCUACAUCUAGUCUUUUGCCAAAAAGUAAUGCUUUAUUCAUACCCCCACAGUCUGCAUUCCAUUUGUCACCAACAAUGGUGCAUGGUUAUUCCACAGAGACUAAAGAUUUGGCUGCUGAAAAGUCAGCUGUUCAAAAGUUUGAUUUUGCUUCAAAUAAUGAAAGUAAGCCUACCCUGCAUUGGAAAAUCGCUCAAAAAUCAUCAAUGCCUACCUAUUCAAACACAGAAACACCUUCAAUGCAGACUAUAUCCAGUGAAAGGCCCAUUACAAAUAGUAAAAUGACUAUUCCUACGAGUUCCACAACCGUAGACAAACCUUCUAGUGCGUUUACUCCCGAGACUUUGAGAAAAGUCUUCCCGUCAUCUGAGACACAGUCAUCUACUAUUUCUGCAUCAUCACCCUUCCUGGGAAAAGUUACUGACUUCCACGUUGAUAAAAGCUUGCCCAAGGUAAAUGUUCCUGCAGUCCCCACAUUUGGUGGUUCAUUUAAAUUUGGGUCAUCUUCGACUGCUAAGACAUCAUCCUCCCCACCAUCAUCAUCUGUAUCAUCUGCAGCAGUGCCUCCAGUAGCAGUGUCAGCGACAUCGAACAUCUUGACUAGUUUGAACACCAAUACGGAUUCAAAUCAUGCCAUGUCAUCAUCUUCGUCACCUUUUCUUCACUUUUCUAAUCAGAAACCUAAAGACACAGUGACAUCGCUAUCUAACCCCCCUGGCUUCAAGUCUUCCUUAGGGUCACUUAAGUCAGAGACUCAACCAGCUUCCGUACCUAAAUCAGAUAUUCAACCAGUUGCUGUGUCUAAUUCAAAGACUGAUCCAGACGCUGCUGCAGAAGUAGUCACUAGACCGAAUGAACCCGUAAAUAAUGCAUCUGAAUUGAAGCUUGAACCUACAACGAAAUUCAGUCCUUCCAUCGAUCAAUCUUCCUCCAACAAUAUAACAAGUUUUGAUCUCAAUGCUAUCCCAGUUUCUCAAGCUGCACGACCUUCUGAUGCUCCCUUGCAGUUUUCAACUUCUUUCCUUUCUUCUGCUAGUGCUUCAAGUGGAAAAAAUGAGGGUUUGGAAGUUGGAAUUUCACAUGAGGAUGAGAUGGAGGAAGAAGCUCCUGAGACAAGUAACAACACUGCUGAACUUAAUUUGGGAAGCUUUGGCGGGUUUGGGAUUAGCUCAAGCCCAAACCCAUCAAUGCCUAAGUCAAAUCCUUUUGGGGGUUCAUUUAAUACUGUAGCGACUAGCUUAUCAAGCUCUACCGUUCCAUUCUCUGUUCCUAGUGGAGAGUUGUUUAAACCAGCAUCUUUUACUUUCUCAAACCCUCAGUCAUCUGCCCAAACCCAGACAACAAAUCCUGGUGCAUUCUCUGGUGGCUUCAAUGCUGUUGCAGCUGUUCCUGGUCAAGCUCCUCCUAGUGGGUUUGGUAAGCCAGCACAAAUUGGAUCAGGGCAACAGGUUCUUGGAUCAGUACUCGGUGGUUUUGGACAAUCAAGACAGCUUGGUAGUGGUUUACCUGGAAGUGGUUUUUCCCCUCCCAGUGGUUUUGGUGGUGGAUUUGCUGGAAAUAGUUCUACUAGUGCCUUCUCAAACACUGCCAUUGGUGGAGGGUUUGCUGGCAUGGCAUCAACAGGUAGAGGGUUUGCUGGAGUUCCAUCCACUGGUAGUGGAUUUUCUGGUGGUGGAUUUGCCGGUGCUGCUGCUGCUGCCCCUGGUGUUGGUUUUGGUGCUGUUUCUUCAAAUGGAGGAUUUGCUGGAGGAUUUGGUGGAGCUGGUUCAGGUGGUGGUUUUGGAGCAUUUAGCAGCCAAGGGAAUAAUAGUGGAUUUGGUGCAGUUGGAGGCAGUAAGCCACCUGAGCUCUUCACACAGAUGAGAAGGUAGUCUAAGGGUUAUACUGAUUGGAAUGCUCAAGUAGAAUUUAUAUUGUGAAGCUCCAUAAACUAAUUACGGCCUAACUCAAUAUUAACAAACGGGAUAAUUUUAAUUAUGAACAAUUGUGUUCUAACUUUUCCCUGAGAAAUGUAUGAAAUUUGUGGUCAAGGUUA